UCUUCUUCGCACAACGCCUCCUCCGCGCGAUCGAGCCACGCUUGGGCUAGAACCCACAUGUGAGCAAGGCCCACAAGAUCAUCAUCGGAAGCAUUGUCACUUCCCUGAUUAUCAUCAUCGCCACAACGGUGCAUUACUUCUAUACCCUUAACGCCGACAUACGCCAGGGUGAGCGUAUCUUGCUGCUCAUUAUGAGCACUUGGCUAACCAUCUUGGCCUUUCUCCCAAUUUUCAUCAUUGGAUACCUCCUGUGGUGCGUUGUCAGGCCGGUUUUUUUCCCCGCCGUUGAAGCAUAUCGGGUUCCGUUUGAGGAUUUUGGAGAAGGACCGCUGUCAACCAAGACCUUUCUGUUGCUGUUCACUUCGUGCCUGAAUGCUCUGGGCGCCGGCUUCAAACUUGGAACAAACUUUGAUGCACGUCCAAUCGACCACCCAACUUGGUACCACAGCCGCGCCGCCUUCUACAUCUUCAACUUCACCAUCGAAACUAUCAUCGUGUACGCUUACUUCCUUUUCCGAAUUGACAAGAUCUUUUGGGUACCAAACGGGGCCAAGGGGCCAGGCGAGUAUGACCCAAGGCCGAAUGCGCCAAGGCCGAACCCGGCGAGGCCAAGGAAUGAAGAGAACCCAGAACCCGCAGGCGAAAGGAUAGAAUUGCAAAAUCGUGGAGAGCAAGAAGGUGGCCGCGCGCCUGUGCGUGCAGCGGACCGUGAUGCGGAGCGUGAAGCCGAAGACCAACCAGCUGUACCAGCACCCGAUGCUCCUGGUACUCCCAAGCCACCCGAGCACGUUCUAUCUUCUACUUUCCUCGGGGGAUCAUCCACUUCGGUGCCUCAGUCCUCCACGUCUGAGGGCGGGGCGCAGGCUUCAUCCUCUGGGAUCAGACCACCGCCACCUUCUUUUACAUAUUCGGGAGCCAAUAGUACUUCUGGACUUUUAUCCAGACCAGCGCAGCCGUCUUCUUCGUUUGUGAAUGAGAGAGGUACGGGUGCUGCGACCGCCGGGACGGUUGGUAAUACUGGCAACAACUAUGCAACCAGUGGAUGGACAGGACCGUCGCAUCUUCGAGAAGAAUGAAGAACCCAGCGCCGUAAUAGAAGGUGAAGGAGAUGGCAGAAGUGAUUCUUCGACCCAGCCGAGUGUUAGACCAGGA